AUGCGUCUUCCGCUCUCGACCAUCUUUUUGCUUGUGGCUGCCGAAACCAUAGCAGCAGCGCCAUUCCAGCCCGCUGCUCCAAAGGCACUGUCUGAGGCCUCUGCUUCUCAGUCUCUUGUCAAGCGUUAUCAAAGCUUGGAAAACGGGCUGCAAUUCUAUUCUGCUCUCGCAUACGACUACACUACGGUCCAAUCCGUUACACUUUCAGAAGCCAACGAUGGACAGGUGCCUCCGAUCGGCCUUGUAUAUUCUGCUGGUCUGGAUGCUGAGAGAGCCAUUAUGGCUACGGCUGGGACAAAUGAAGGUACAUUUGCAACAGGGUCCCUCUCGGUCGGAGGAGUGAACUUCUGGUGGACGAUCAACACCGGCCGGUAUUGGAAUGUUAAUGGUCUGCUUCAUCAUACUGGUACCGAUGUUCUCGCGACGAUGAUGGCGGACGCAAUCCAGACCAUGGCAGUGGAGGAUAAUUCAGAAAUAUCUUGGACACUCCACAACACCGAUCCGGACGGCGAAAAUAGUUAUAUGGGCAAAAUUGUAUUGGGCUGCUACUGA